UACACUCCGUUUAUCCCGGGGACAUUGCAGUACACUCUGGAAGAGAAGUACCGCAAGAAGCAGUACCUGUAUUUCCUCAGGAUUGGAAAGCUACGUCUGGUGGUGGCAACACACAGCUCGCCGAUGAUACAAACGAACCUGGACUCUCUGCAAUCCACACGUAUCGUUCGACGACCAGUCUUUAUCUUCACUGACAAGUUAGAAGCUCCAACCAUGUCUCCAUUGCUGCUUCCCGAUGUCCCUACAUACACAUGCAAGGUGCCUGAACACUGGGCUUCUGUGGAUCACUUCCAGAAGUUCGAGACUGUCUUGUUAGACGGUGAUAGCCCAGAAUACUCUGAGGUUCAGCGACAUUUUUUCUGGACGAUGAAUGUAAAUAAAAACAGAAUUGUUGCCAUAUUCCGCGUACAGAACCCGGGUCUUUGGGAUAAAUAUUGCAGUGCCAGACGGGCAAUGACUCCUAAAGGUCAGGCACCAAAAGAUGUGAAGGAGCGUCAGUUGUUUCACGGAACGCCGACACUUCAGGCGGCCAGGGGCAUCUGCACCAACAGUUUCGACUUCCGCAGGUCUGGAGAGAAUGUUGGAACUGUCUGGGGCAAGGGAGCUUACUUCUCCACCACAGCUCGCUACAGUGAUACGUUCACGAAUCCCAUCAUCGUUGCCAGUGGCCACCCAGUGCGGAUCAUGUUUCUGGGAAGGGUUCUCGUGGGGCGGUACACCUUGGGCCAUCCUUCCUACGCAAAGCCACCGGAGAGUGACGAGCUGAACAUGUAUGAUUCAUGCGUUAAUGACAUCUCUGAUCCCUCCAUCUUCGUCAUCUUUGACCUGGCUCAAAGCUACCCGGAGUAUUGGAUCGAAUACAUAAGAUUGUCAGAUCAUGAGCCCGUCUCAACAUCAGUAAAAUCGAAGACUACUGUCAACACGACAGCAACAAACAAGCCUGACUAUUAUGGUAUGCCUUCGUCAGCAUCAAGAUCUGAUCGCUAUAGUUUGUCCUCAUCAGCACCAAGGAAACGUGGCUUAUCUUCAUGGGCAACAAAAAAUUCUCUUUGUUGAAGCUUGUCUUCAUCAGCAGCAGGAAAGUCUGAACGAAAUAACUCGUCUUUAUCAGCAGCAAGCAAGCCUGCAUAUUAUGACUUGUCUUCAUCAGAAUUAAGCAAGUUUUGCCACAUCAUCAGAAGCAUGUGGCCUAUCUACAUCAACAACAGGUAUAUCUUACCACGAUAAAGCAUCUUCACCAGCAACAAACAAGUCUAAACGGGAUGACUCGUCUUCAUCAGCAGCAAGCAAGCCUGACUGUUAUCACGUGGCUUCACAAGAAAUAAGCAAAGCUGAAAAUCAUGAAAUGUCUUCAGCAGCAGGCAAGUCUGACCACGACAGCAACAAGCAAACCUGAAUACAAUGGCUUUUCUGCAUCAGACUAUUGUCCCACUUCUAAUUCAGCAUCAGAUGGAUCCCUCAGUGCCGACUCGCAAUCACAGAAGCAGCAUCAAAGUCCAAUUCCUGAUCCACCACCCAGCAGGAAUUACUGCCUUAUAUCAUAAUGACAUAGCAGAAAAUGAGUGAGAUAUAUUAACAAACUAAACCGGAGUGAAAGAACAUUAACAUUAUACCAAAAUCAGGAAAACCUGCAUUUUCAGAAAAAAAUCGGCUUUUUCUCAUUGCCAAUAGCUCUGUAUGCCAUACACCGUAGAAUGUCUUCUGGAAGUUAAAUUCCUGAAGGUGUUUGUACAUGUGAGGGUUUUCACAUUUUGUAAACUGCUUUAAACAUUUUCUGA